AUGUCCACAGCGCUCGUGGGCGCAAGACUGGUUGGGUUCGAAUACUCACGGCAAGACUCCGACUUUUCCGACCAAUUUGGCGAAUCAGAACUGAAACGAAAUAUCUACCGACAUCCAGAGAGAUGGGGUCAGCCUACGAAACGGUUCGGAAAGAUUCAUGAUAUCUAUGCUCUUGGUGUCGUCUUACUCGAGAUUGGGCUUUGGUCUCGUGCCGAUCAGAUUGAUAGGGGAGCCCUGGUAGCGCCAGAAAUGGAGGACAAGCCCAAAACAACGGCCCAGACGAGGCUCCUGAAACAUGCUGACCAAAGAUUGGCUUUCUUUGCUGGCGAGACAUUCCGAGAUAUUGCCGUUGCCUGUUUGGCUGGGAACGUGGGCGAUGCCAGCGUGGUAGACUCUUUCUCCACGAUCGUAGAGAAUCUGGAGAAGCUCGCCAAGAGUGUUUCUUAA